UAUAUUUUACACUUUUGUUAUUUGAAAUUAUGUUCAAAAGUUGUUGUGCACGGCCGAGUAAAAAAAUAAACAAAAGCAAAUCCAAAUCUGAUAUCAUGGAGUCUCCCACGGAUAACGUGCAAUGUAAAGAAAAAAUUGAGACCAAUAGCGACUCAGAAAAAAAGGAUGAGACAGAAAGUGCGAGUGAUUUAUCCAAAGAAUGUGUCAACUUGGAUAAUGUUGAAAUCAGAGUUGAUAAUAUUCUCGUAACUGAUAACAUUCCAGAAGAGCAGAAAGUGAACGAACUUAGUAAAGAUAACAUUUGCGAAGAUGUUAAGAGAGAAGAAGAUACAGAUGAUGUUUUCAUAAAGCCAGAUUUUGCGAAAAAGCGAUAUUCAGUUGAUUUCAAGAAAACUCGUUCAGAUUUCAAGAGAUUUUCCGUUGACUGUAGUAGGAAUGUUGCAACUUUAGAAGAACUCGUCAAUUUAGAGAAGGAAUUAGCUCGGAAAAAUCUAGAUGUACGUUUAAGCAGACGUAAAUCUUCUGGAAUAUUGAAAUCUACGUCCGACAGUGGAGAAAUUGGUGAAAAACUAUCCAAAAUGAGGCACGAAUCGUGUUCAGAUGAUGAUGAUGUAUUUGAAAAAGAUGCAGCUACAAAUGAAAGCGAAGGACCGGGAGAACCCCCGGCUACACCGGUAGGCCGUGACGAGUUGGCAUUACGGAGACACAGGUUCUUUUCCGAUUUAGUGUGUGCAGCCAGAGCUGCGGUCGAACAUCGCGUACGAUUUGAUCCUCUGGGACCCGUUGUGGCUGAUUCAGGAAGUGAAGUGGAACACACAGCUGCGGUUCAAAGCCCGGCAGCAGAUCUCGAGGCUCUGAUAGAGCGGUUGGAGCUAGUGACUUUGCGCUUGGAGCGUCUGCCUGUGCUGCGAGAACACACGCCGACCCCGCCCCGCUCCCCCGCACCAUCACCCGCCGGCGUCGCCACCCCGCCGCCUCCUCCGCCACUACCACUGACAGUUGAGAUUAUCGUCACUGACAAUAUGAGUAUCAACGGAUACCAGGAUUUGAUGCAGGGUCCCCUGCAGACUUAUUUGCAGUUGUCGAAGCAACUCGGCGGAGACAUCGCUACACACGCCAACCUGGUCAACGACGCUUUUCAGGAACAGCUCCGCUACAUUCAGCUGGCAGCAUCCCGGUCCAAACCAUCAGAUGGCGAACAGGUUCAACUCCUCAAGUCGACCAGCGAUAAGAUCUCCGCAAUCCAACAAUAUCGCGAAAAGAACCGCGCCUCGAACUUCUUCAACCAUCUCUCCGCUAUAUCCGAAAGCGUGCCCGCUCUCGGUUGGGUCGCGGUGGCACCCACCCCAGCACCUUACGUGAAGGAGAUGAACGAUGCUGGCCAGUUCUACACGAACCGUGUGCUCAAAGAGUGGAAAGAGAAAGACAAGACCCACGUUGAAUGGUGUCGCGCAUGGGUGCAACUUUUGUCUGAGUUGCAGGCGUAUGUGAAGCAGUACCAUACUACUGGACUCGUUUGGUCUGGCAAGGGUGCUGGCGCCCCCCCUCCACCCCCCCUCGGCGGCAUGCCACCCCCGCCGCCCGCGUUGCCCGAAGUGGACUUCGCCAACAUGACAGCUGAUGACAGAAGCGCUCUUUUCGCCGAAAUCAACAAGGGUGAAGCCAUUACAAACACACUACGCAAAGUGACGUCGGACAUGCAAACACACAAGAACCCUCAACUGCGUCAAGGUCCCGCGCCUUUCAAGGCAGCAGCAAACUCAACGGUGCCGUCUAAGGCGCUACCGACGCCUGGAGCCGGCAAACUGGACAAACCACCUGUUUUCGCGAGAGACGGCAAGAAGUGGGUCAUUGAAUACCAAAAGGGCAAUUCGAACCUCGUGGUCGAGAACGCCGAGAUGAACAACGUGGUGUACAUGUUCCGAUGCCGCGACUCUGCGUUGACCGUGCGCGGGAAGAUCAACGGCGUGGUACUGGACUCAUGCACCAAGUGCGCGGUCGUGUUCGACAACCUCGUCUCUAGCGUGGAGUUCGUCAACUGCCAGUCGGUGCAAAUGCAGGUACUAGGCAAGGUGCCCACGGUGUCGAUCGAUAAGACCGACGGGUGCCAGAUCUAUCUCUCCAAGGAUUCGCUGGAUGUGGAGAUCGUGUCAUCUAAGUCCUCGGAGAUGAAUGUGCUCGUGCCAAAAGCUAAUGGCGACUACGCGGAGCAUCCCAUACCGGAGCAAUUCAAGACUGUGCUGAACAAGCCGCCCACUGGCCUGUCCACGACGCCCGUCGAGUGCAAGGGCUAGAUCUCGACGACCCUUCAUCCUCGGUCGGGAACUCAAUAUACUUUAUUUUAUACAUUUAUAUCUAACUUAAAGGUUUUUAUCCACUGACCGUGACCUAGAAGUUAAAACUUUAUUUUUUUAUAAAGGACACUUUUUAUGUGAACGUCAUUAUUUUUGUAGUAAAAUAAAUAAAUACAUUUUAUUUUUAUUUUAUUUUAUUUUUAAAUGUUAAGUUUGUAUUCGCAAACUCCUGUGACUGUUUUAGGACUGAAAUAAAAAAUUAUGUGUUUUGAAAAUAUUUUAAAGUCCAUACUUUUAACUUAUGCUAAAAGAAUGGACUUUAAGAACUUUCAAAACAGGAAAAUCCUUUUCAGUUACAAAAAAAAAACCAACAGCCCAAAGCAAACAGUUACUCAGUAAUUUGUGUCUAACAUUGUAUUACUUUUAUGAGUCUAAACGGUUAUUAAAUGGUCUUGUAAAGUGGGCAGAAACCUAGAAGUGUAAUAGAACAUUUUAUAGGAAAAUAUUUCGUAUAUUUUGCACCGAUUAGAUCAAUAAGUUCACGAGUCACGAGUAUCUCGUCUAAAGAUCUAUGCACACCAAUUUUAUUAUGAUAAAUUGUGUAAAAAAUAAUGCUAUAAAGUUCCCGACGCAUCAAUGAUAAUCAUAAAUAAUCAGUCUAAAUUCCUUCAUACGAGUUCUAUCAUAAAUAAUAAUUUCUUGCUCAUUACACUCGAUCCUAGAGUUUAAGGUAUACAUAAAUCAAUAUGACGUAGAAAUAACUAUCAUUCAAGUAUUUAUUGGCCUUUAUGUGAAUGUAAAGAUGUUCCUUAUUCGUGUAUUUGAUAUUUUUUUAGACGUCACAUGUGAAAUAGCUCGGAGUACCGUUUGGUACGGGGAAUUAAUAUAGCGUAAGAUUAGGUGUAAGCGCCCAGGGACCGAAUAAGAACACCUUAUUUAGUUACAUACAUUACCGUGUUUAUAGCAGGUGUUUAAUAAGUACAGUGCUUUAACAGUUUUUAACGUUCUCUUGUAUGAUUCUAAUUGCUAUUUAGCCUUUAAAAAUACAUAAUUAUAAUGAUGAUCUCUGAGCUUUUAUAAUUCAAUGUUUAACCCUCCAGUUUAACCCUCUCUGAAUCAUUUAUCCAACAAAAAAACAAUUAUUGCAUCUAGCUACUUCUGGACACUAACUUGUUUCAUACAGUUGAAGCCUACUUAAUACUAAACUGGGAUACAACGUAAUUGGAAACAAAGGAGACUGUUCAGUUUAAUUAUAUUUUGUGUACUUCAUUCGAAGAUUUAAUUUUGUUGGUACUAUAAAUUAAAAUAAUAUUAAACAGUAUUUUUUAUAUUUAUUUCAAGGCGAUGGUAAAGCUUAGUGAUAUGAAAUUCAACAUUAUUUAAAUAUAAUAAUAAAACUUCUUCGUUGAUCUAAACAUGUAAAUGGUCAAUAUUACAUAUCACAUAUAGCUCUUACGGCGUCUGUUUGUCGUUUUGUUGCGUUAAAUAUUCGGUCCCUCGAUGUUAAGGUGUGUGUGUCUCGAAAUUAUGUCGUAAGUUUGCAUUUUCAAUGUGGCUAUUUGUAACUUAAAUAGAGUGAUUCUAAAACCCCCGAUUCGUCGACCGUGUAAGAGCUUUCUCUAACUUUACUUAUUUAAAUAUUUCCAUAAUAUUUUCGAUGAAACGUCUUGUUAACUGAACCACAUAGAACUUUAUUGUUUUUGUUUGCAUCGUAAUUUACGAUAUAAGCGCUUGAAGUUUUUAAUCAAAGUCGAUAGAAGCGUAAAUUUUGCAGCGCAAGUUGUUGGUGUGGGUUUUAAUAGAGCCGAGAGUUCGUUUAACAUUCUCUUGUAAAACCGCGUUUCAUUUAAUUGUGUUAAUAUGAAAAUACCCCUUGCGAAAUCUGAAUAGUAAAAACACACUAGUAGACUGUUUAGGUAGACUACGAUAAAAAUGUGUUUGCGCUGACUGCUGUAAAGUUCAUUUGCGAUUUAAAGUUCUAAAAAUGGUGUUAUGAGCCACUUCAUAAGCAAAUGUUUAAAAAAAAUGUUUGAGCUAGUUACCUGGCUGAAAAUAGGCGUCAAAAAUUUUUAUAUCUUCAUAAUUUACAUUUUAACAAUUUAACAUAAGGAUACAUUUAUAAUAAUGAGCAGUGUUUAUUACCUGAUUCAUAUAAGUAUUCCAACAAAUAUUUGUUUGUGGUAUCGCCAAUUAGGGUUUCCAUCGAAGAUUUUAUGCGAUUGUUCUAAGUGCAUAUUUUAUAUUAGGACAUUUAUAAUUUGAAUAUCGUAAUAAUUAUUAAUAAUAAUUGUAUUAAUCGAAGUAUUGUAAUAGGAAAAAAAAUAUUGUUAUUCAGUAUCGUUUGUAUUUCGUCAAAUUGUGACUUCGCUAAUAAGAAUUGUAAUUAUUUAUUAUGCCAUUCUUAU